UAUAUUUAUGCUCACAGAAAGGAAGUCGAAGAUUCGUCGUGUUUCCACAGCAAACGAAACUAGAAAGCUGAACGGAACGGAAGAAGAACGAAGCUCUUAGCCUCUUACUGUUUGUUUAUACAACGCCCCGGCUCUAUCGUUGAUCUUCUCCGCUGCUUUACGAGUUUGAGGUGGACAGAAGAUUAUGGCGAGGUCGUUAUCUAACUUGCUGCUUAAAGGCCUUGCUGCGUACCGAACAUCUGCCCUUGGUUCCAGAUCCUUGUACCAAGCUGGAAAUCGGUACUUCAGCUCUGUGCCUAAUGACCCAGACACACACGAAGAUUUUCGACCUACUAGUAAAGUUGAGAGUUCCGGUAUUUCAUUGAAGGACAUUGUUGAGCAGGAUGUCAAAGACAACCCCGUGAUGCUUUACAUGAAAGGGGUGCCCGAUCUUCCUCGAUGUGGAUUCAGCUCAUUAGCAGUGAGGGUUUUACAAGAAUAUAAUGUUCCUAUAAGUGCCAGAAACAUAUUGGAUAGUUAUGAGCUAAAGGAUGCUGUAAAAUCCUUCAGCCACUGGCCCACAUUCCCACAGAUAUUCAUCAAUGGAGAAUUCAUUGGUGGAUCAGACAUCAUCCUUAGUAUGCACCAGAGUGGGGAACUCAAGGAAAAGCUGAAAGACAUUGUCAAGGAAGAAGGGAAAAGGGAGUGAAACCUAAUUGCAUUUGCAGGAGGAUGCAGUCAGCAUAGACAUUGUUUCAGUUGAAUACUACUCCAACUAUGAGAGAUUUGAGUAGAGUAUUAGUUGGGAGGGAUAUUGCAGAUUUCCGGAUGAUAGACAAUUUUUGAAUAAUGUAAACACACACCCAUCCAUCCCUGUUUCUAUCAACUUGACUUGUGUAAUGAUGGAUGUCCUGAUUUAUUAUCUCCACUUGCGUAGUGUGGAAAAUAAACAUAUUUAUUAUUUAACAUGCUUCUUUUUUAUA